AUGUGAACACAUUCCAUGGAGCUCAAGUGCCUUUUGAUGUGGCUCAUGGUUGGAUCCAUCAAGGCGAGUGCAACAGAAGAAUGCCCAUCUCUGCAGAGAACUGAAUUUGCUGAUGUUGUUGAAGCAUAUCCAUUGGGGACCAAACUCUAUUAUGACUGUGAUCAAGGCUAUAAGAGAAGAAGUGGGCACUACCUGGGAAUUCAAUGUACGAGUACACACGGGAUUGCUGAUUGGUCAUACAGGGACUUUGAAUGCAUUCCAAAUAAAACCUCUCACACGGACAAGAACAUUUUGUUGUCAACGGUUCCCACGGUUCUGGUAGACUCUCCACAGAAGCCAGAAAGAAAAACACAGAGCCCUGAACCUGAGAAAAGAGAAAAUAUUCCAGCAAUUGACUGGAAAGCUUUCUGUGGGAUGCCCAAGGCCUUUCCACAUGCCUCUUUAAGAAAGAAUAAAGCGUAUAGCGUGGGGCAAGUGCUGCAUUUCAAGUGUCAGAAGGGUUAUGACAAGCGCCCUCCCACCUCGGGCAUCCGCAUAUGCAAGGAGGAGAAUGGCAAUAUCAUCUGGACCCCCCUGGACAUUCACUGCACCAAUGACAGCAGCUAUAAGGGACCAUCAGAGAUUAUUGAGUCAGGUACAAUUCAUCCCUCCUUUUCCUCAUCUCUGAUACAGCUAGUGACAGCUAUCUUUUUUGUUCUGCUUAUCAUUCCUGCCAUCUUUCUGUGA